UCGUCGGCACGUCCUCCUCCGCGACUCCCCCAGGAGGAGCACCUGUUCAGCGUGUCGUUCCGCAAGUACGGGCGCUCGCUGCACGCGCGCAUCGAGCACUACCAGCACCGGUUCAGCUUCGACUCCCACGACCCCGCCGUCUUCGCCGCCUCCACCGUCACCAAACUCAUCGAGCAUUACAAGGACCCGGCGUGUGUGAUGUUCUUCGAGCCGAUGCUGACAGCUCCACUGCCGCGCAGCGAGCCAUUCUCUCUGCAGCAACUCGCGCGGGCUGUCAUCGUCUCGCAUACUAGUUACGACGGAGUGGAGAAGCUCCCCCUCCCGCCCCGUUUACGACUAUACCUCAAAGAGUACCACUACAGACAAAGGGUCCGCAUUCGACGCCUGGAACCGGACUUGUACGAGCACCAUCACUGCUAGCACCCUUGUCAGUCGGUGUUAUCGAGUUAUUUCUUUGCUCACCACAGUUGGUGUAAACAGUCGUAUAGAUGUCCGCGUCAAUGUUUCAAUUACUGCUUGAACCAGGAAUGGAACCUAGAGAGCGCCCUAGGUGAGACCUCGUAGGCGCCCCUAACUAGUUUUGGCGCCACCGUCACUCGCAGUCGACCGCGGCGCCCUCUGUAUCCUGGGCCCGGCACUUGUCUAGUUAGCCUCAGGGAUAAUACAACUGCCGAAACGUCUUUCUAGUGCAUCUAGAAUGACCUGGAGUGUUGUCUCAAAGUACUAUCGUGAUAUUUGUCUGCCUGGAUUAUAGAAGAGACAGAAUGAAAUAGCAUUGCUUUUACAAUUGGCGACCUUUCCAAAGGAAGCGUUAUUUGCCAUUCAUAUUUCUACAUAAUAUAUAUAUAGAAGGCAGUAUACCAAAAUAUCUUGAAACAUGGUGACCGCUCUCCAUUGACUCCAAUAUAGACCUUAUUCCCGAUGCUUAGAGACUACUUUUGUACCAACACGCAUGUACUAGGUCGACCUGUACCGGACUAUGUAACACAAUCUAAGAAUCUGAAUUACACACACUUGUAAUUGUUGUAUCGUCGUGAAACUCGGCAGUUGUAUGUAGAUUAGACGACAAUACAAUAUUAUGGUGCCGUCGAGCUGGUUUGACCUGGUCUGGAAGGCCCAAUCCUCCCCCAUCCUGAAAUCCCUAAUUCCCCAACGUACUUGUAACUCUUCCAGUGUCCCGGGUGUCCAUGGGCGACACCGAUUGCUUACCAUCAGGUGAUCCGUCUGCUCGUUGGUCCUAUACUAUAAAAAUAUAUGGCUUUCAGUAUAUCUUGUGCUGCCGUCUUAUGUACUACUUCUGCUGAAUACAGUGUUUUAUGUAUAAUUCAAAGUGUACAUUCGUAUGGAGAAGAACGAGCAAGAAACUCCAUCGUCGACUCUUUCGAUUUAGAAUAACGUCUUCACUGUAUUCAGUAAAACAAAGUACCUAUUAGACAAUUUACAAAAAUAAUGUCUGAAGUUAAUGAUAAAUAUCAUGGCAAUGUUACAUGCAUGCGCCUAGCCCUACUCUUCCCGCGGGUGUCGUAUACCCGACUGAGGGAUUUCAUGUUUGACGACC